AUGGAGGAACUCGGCGUGAUACGGAAGGUGGAACACGCCACAGAAUGGUGCUCCCUAAUGGUGGUGGUGAAGAAAAAGAAUGGAAAACUUCGUAUAUGCGUUGACUACGCAGAGCUUAACAAACAAAUAGUCCGGGAGCGUGUCAUGAUGCCAACAGUUGAAGAAAAUCUCAGCAAGAUAUCUGGCGCAGCCGUCUUCAGCAAGCUCGACGCCAAUGCUGGUUAUUGGCAAUUCCCGUUGUAUCCGGAAAGCUCCGAGUUAACGACCUUCAUCACGCUCUUGGGACGAUACCAGUUCCUCCGCCUGCCCUUUGGCAUCGCCACAGCACCAGAGUUCUUUCAGAGAGAAAUGUUACGAAUUCUGGAAGGCCUAGCAGGAACUACUUGUCACAUGGACGACAUUCUGGUUUACGGGAGUAACCGCAAGGAGCACGACAAACGCCUGGACGCUGUACUCCGGAGACUUAGUGAUGCAGGUGUCACUUUGAAUAAGGAAAAAUGUGAGUUCGGAAAGCAGAGGAUCCAGUUCCUGGGACAUAUCCUAUCACCAGGGGGGAUAUCCGCCGACCCCGAAAAAACCGAAGCGAUCCGGAAACUGCCUGUUCCGGCGUCACUCAGCGAGCUCAGGGCCUUCUUCGGGAUGCUAAACCAUCUCAUGAAGUUUCUGCCGGGACUGUCCGAAAUCAGCAAACCUUUGCGGGAUCUGCUUGCAUCCGACGCCGCGUGGAUCUGGGGCCCACAGCAGCAACGUGCGUUUGACAGCUUGAAAGACCAGCUCACAAGAACGCCUGUGCUGACGUACUACGACCCCGGUCGUCCACACACUCUCUCAGUGGAUGCGUCUUCGUAUGGCCUGGGCGCAGUAUUGCUCCAGGAAGACCUGGACGGCCAGCGACGACCUGUUGCUUACGCUUCCAGGGCCCUGACGUCCACGGAAGAGCGGUACGCGCAGGUGGAGAAGGAGGCCUUGGCUAUCACAUGGGCGUGCGAAAAGUUCCGAAUGUACGUUCUCGGCCUCCGUUUUCACGUCGAAACCGACCACAAGCCGCUGGUGCCCAUCUUUUCGACAAAGCGGCUGGACGAUCUGACGUCUAGACUACAGCGGACGAGGUUACGUACCAUGGAGUACGAUUUCUCUAUUGAUCACGUGCCAGGAAAGCACCUGCACACCGCAGAUGUUCUCUCGAGGAACCCUGUGCAGAGAAGCAACGGAGGACUUCUGGAAAUCGCCUUAAAGGAUUACGAAGCCCUUGCCAUCGAAAGCCUGCCGGCGUCCGACAGCAUGCUGCCGCGCAUUAGACAAGCUCAGGAGGCAGACAGAACUCUGCAGUUGGUGACUCAUUACAGCGCUACACAGUGGCCAGAAACGAGAGAUCUCUCUCCUGAAGUUCGUCUAUACGCAAGCGUUGCAGCCGAGCUCUCAGUUGUGGACGGUCUUCUCCUCAGGGGCGCCCGUCUGGUCAUACCUCCUUCGCUUCGGCAAGAAGUUCUCGAGAAACUACACGUGGGCCAUCAAGGCGUUUCAAGGUGCCGCGCUAACGCUCGCGAGACAGUCUGGUGGCCAGGAAUCAGCGCUAACCUUCAAGACUUCGUGCACAAGUGCCCAGCCUGCCAGGCACACAGGCGGCCAGGCGCCGAACCGUUGCUUCAGACUCCGCUUCCGGCAAGACCGUGGGAGGUAAUCGGCAUGGACAUUUUCUACGCCAAGUCCCGGAACUACCUAGUCGUUGUCGAUUACUUUUCCAAAUUCUUUGAGCUAGCGCCACUGAAGAAAACUGCAACCGCAGACGUCAUCUCGAAGCUAGAGCCGAUAUUCGCAAGAUUUGGGUUUCCCGACGUGAUCCGCUCAGACAACGGACCACAGUUCGCGUCGCACGACUUCAAACGGUUCCUGUCGAAACACGACAUCAGGCACGUGACGUCGAGCCCCUAUUAUCCCCAGGGCAACGGUCAGGCGGAACGAACAGUGCAGACGGCGAAGAUGCUACUUGCAAAAUCACCCAAUGUGCACCAGGCGCUUCUAGCACACCGGUCUACGCCUGGACAGUGCGGUUACUCGCCGGCCGAGCUGCUGAUGGGACGAAAGUCUACUGUGCCGACGACGCACGACAAUCUUAUUCCACAGUGGAGUCACUUGACCGAGUACAGGAAGGCGUACCACGAGGCGCAGAAGUCUCAAGCAUCCACGUACGACACUCGACGGAGGGCGUGCGAACGCCAGGAGCUGCCCAGCGAAACACACGUUAGGAUCCUGUCUGGAGCAGCAACACACGGUACGAUUUUGGGCACAGGCUCUACUCCGAGGUCCUACGUCGUCCAAACAAGUGCUGGGGUCACAAGGCGCACAAGCAGGCACUUGCAGGCGGAUUCGAGCUCGCAUCGGGAUGACCAGGCGGUCCAGCAGCGCUACAGUGAUCAAACAACGGGGGAGACCUCCCACGCAUCUCAAAACCAGGCUGAGUGA